UUCAGGGACUUUGGACCCAAAUAACUUUAUUUUCUUUUUUAAUAGGAAUGAAAAUGGAUCCUGGAAACUUUGCAAUAGAAACGUUUCUCUUCUGCCAGAUUACAGUGGGAAUGUUUGGCAAUUCCUCAAUCCUAUUUUAUUACAUCAUUUUGAUAUUUACAGAAAAGCAUUUAACGCCCAAAGACCUGAUUAUAGAACACCUGACUUUUGCCAACUGCUUGACUAUCAUCUUAAGAGGGUAUCCACAGACAAUGACGUAUUUUGGGUUUAAGAAUUUCCUAGAUGACAUGGGAUGUAAAUUAAUAGUGUAUAUUUCCCGAAUAACAAGGGGGAUGUCUCUUUAUGCUAUGUGCCUACUGAGUUGUUUCCAAGCAAUCACAAUCAGCCCCAAUAACUCCAAGUGGAUAAAGCUUAAAUACAGAGCAACCAAGUACAUUGGUCCCUCCUGCUCAGUCAGUUGGCUUGUGCACCUACUUCUAAACAUCUUGACUCCACUAAGAGUAUCAGGCCCCAAUUACAAGAAAAAUGCAACUAACAGGUUGAAUUAUGGAUACUGCUCAUUGUUUGCUUCUGGCAGUGUGGCAACUACAUUGUACAUAUCUUUAGUGUGCUUCUCUGAUGUCUUGUGUCUGUGUCUCUUGGCAUGCUCAAGUGUAUCCAUGGUGAGUAUCCUCUACAAACAUAAGAGGCAAGUCAAGCAUAUCCACAGUGCUCAGCACUUUCUGAACAUCUCACCUGAAGACAGAGCCACACAAACUAUCCUCAUCCUGCUGUGCACAUUUGUCAUCUCUUACUCAUUCUCUUCCAUCGUGGCCAUCAUUAGGACCUGCUUAAAAUAUCCAGUGAUAUGGGGAGUAAAUAUAAUUACAUCUCUAGAAAUAUUCUUUCCCAUAUUUUGCCCCUUUGUUCUCAUCACCAAUAUGAAAUCUAGUUCCAGUCUGUUUUUACCCUGCUUAGGUAAGAGAUAGCUUCUUCCAAAUAUGAUAUGAGCCUGGGGCA